CGCACAGCAGCAGAAAGACGACUGAGGACAACUUCUAUCCAAACUAUAAUUUAAACCCUCAAGUCAAUAUGCAUCCUAACUUGGGUACCUGGCUGGGCGCAGUGACGCUCAUCGUCUGGACCUGCAUAUGCAUCGGGACGCUUGCGGAAGGCUAUCCGGUCAAACCUGAAAACCCCGGCGAAAAUGCGCCCGCGGAGGAACUGGCCAAGUAUUACUCCGCUCUCAGACAUUACAUCAACCUCAUCACAAGGCAGAGGUAUGGGAAGAGGUCCAGCCCUGACACACUGGAUUCACUGAUCUCAGAACUGCUGCUGAAGGAGAGCACAGACACGCUCCCACAGUCCAGAUAUGAUGAACCAUCGUUGUGGUAAUAGUGUCUCUGUCCCGGCCCAACAC